GUUGUUGUUUAUUAUUGAAGCAAAUUUGACAGAGUGACAUUUCGUGUUUGGGAAAUAAAUUAAUGCUUUCUUUAGCUUAUUCAUUAAAGAAAGUUAGGAAAAUCAACUAUUUUGAAGUCUAAUCAAUAAGUUAAUAUGUAGUAUUUCCUUUUUACUCUCUAUCUGCCAGUUUAAUAAUAUUUAAAAACGAAAAGUUGUUUAUUCCAUCUUCUUCCACCCAUCAAUAAUCAACGAUGUCUUCUUUGAUGUCUGAUCUUCUUUCAUUGCUUGAAACUGAAAUUCCUGAAGGUCGUAAAAGUUUACAAGAUAGUUAUGUGAACCUAGAGAAAGUGGCUGUUUAUUGUGAGUCUAACUACUACUUAUCACCGAACAAGAAAAGUUCCCUUGAUGAAACGAAGAAUUUUACAACUCAAAGUUUAGCGAGUGUUGCAUAUAUGAUUAAUUCUCUCUCCUAUAACAUACUUCAUGUGUUAGAUCUUCAAACUAGUCAACUUGCUGAAAUGGAAUCACAAAUAAAUCAUAUUACGCAAACUGUAAAUAUAUUUAAAGAGAAAGUUGCUCGAAGAGAAAUAGGAGUUUUAACGACAAACAAGAAUACCGCAAGACACCAUAAAAUCCUUGCACCUGCCAAUCAAGAACGUCCUGUUAAGUACAUAAGAAAGCCUAUUGAUUACCAAGUUUUGGAUGAUAUUGGUCAUGGUGUGAAAGCCACAAGCAAUACACCUAGAUCAAAGAGAACUUUAGCCCCCAUUCAAAAUCCUUUGAAUGGUGCCAGUGCUGGACCUGCUCCAACUACAAAGCCUCCUACUCCUCCGCAACCAGUUCGUGCUGGAGGUGGAACCCUUUCUCUGUCACGAUCAACAAAAGAAUAUCGUACACCUCAUCCUCCAAUUGCACCUCCUCAAGUCCCCAGUAACUAUGCUCCAGCAGGCGUCUUAAGAUCCCAAGAAAUCAGAAAGGGUAGUGGCUAUUCAACACUUCCAAUGUCUCUUCCAUCAUCUCAAAUUUCCCAAAGUCUAGCUCUUUCUCAGCCUCCUGUUGGAAUGGUUCAUCCAAUGACAUCCAGUCACGGUCCUGCGUCUCCUGUUCCUCCACCUCCUUCUGAUAUACAUAUGACCGAAAGACUUCCUGAACCACCCAUUCAUGUUGCAUGGAGUGAUCGUCCUGGAAAUAUCUCACCACCAUUGCCACCACCUCCUAAGGAUGACAACUACCAUGACAGUUAUAACCCUCCUUCACCACCUGCAUUUAUGAGAAGAAUGGAACCCGAUUGGGUACCCAAAAAUUUUGUGGAAAAAGUUGUAGCUAUUUAUGAUUAUUGUGCUGACAAAGAAGAUGAACUAUCCUUCUCAGAGAAUUCUAUAAUUUAUGUUGUUAAGAAAAAUGAUGAUGGUUGGUAUGAAGGAGUCAUGAUGAAUAGUGCAGGCGGUGCAGUGACUGGCCUUUUUCCAGGAAAUUAUGUAGAGCCAUGUUUAUAAACAGGAGAGAACAUGUGGUUUGCAUGAAAAAUUCUUCUUCAUAUAAAAAGAAAGAUACAUAUUCAAAAAUGUGUGUUUUUUAAAUUUUUCAUUUGUGCAAUUUGUUGAGCUUUCUCAUUUGUUUAAAAGGUAAACGUCAUGAGCUAUUUAUUUCAUAUUGCUAAAAUAUUUUGUGCGAGUAGUUUGAAUUAAUUAGGUUAAAAUUUAAUUUUUCAUACACUUAAUUUUCAAGGAAAGAAAUACUGCCAAAAUGCUACUCAUUCUUAUUUAUAACAUAGAUUAUUCAUUCAAAUACUUGACUAUAUUUUUAUGAAUUUUUUCAAUUGUGCAAUUUGUUGAGCUAUCUCAUUUGUUUAAAAGGUCAACGUCAUGAGCUAUUUAUUUCAUAUUUUUAAAAUAUUUUGUGCCAGUAGUUUGAAUUAAUUAGGUUAAAAUUUAAUUUUUCAAACACUUAAUUUGCAAGGAAAAAAAAUACUGCCAAAAUGCUACUCAUUCUUAUUUAUAACAUAGAUUAUUCAUUCAAAUACUUGACUAUAUUUUUAUGAAUUUUAUUUAUUACAUGUUUUGUAUAGAUUUUAAAUUAUUUUAUUAUAUGUAGAGAUCA